AUGAGGGAGGACCUGAACACCACCAAAACCAAGCUCAGACUAGGACAUUGGAAUGUGAGGAAAAUGUAUGAGAUAGGCAAGCUGACACAGGUAAUUACAUCUGAGAUGAGACAGUUUAAUCUCCAUGUCCUAGGAGUGAGUGAGAGCAGAUGGACUGGAUCUGGAAAGAUGAAAACAACCACCGGAGAAACUGUCCUCUACUCUGGGAGAGAUGACAACCUACACCAUGAAGGAGUAGCCAUCAUACUCAGGAAAGGUGUAGAGCGGUGCCUGUUGGAGUGGAAGCCCAUAAAUAAUAGAUUAAUUAGCGCAAGAUUGAAGGGCAAGCGCAUCAACACCACAUUAAUACAAUGCUACGCACCAACCAAUGACAGUAGCGAUGAAGCCAAGGACAACUUCUAUAGUCAACUACAGGCAGAGACAGAGAAAACCCCACGACACGACCUUGUCAUCAUGGGGGACCUCAAAGCUAAGGUCGGAAAGGACAACACCGACUAUGAAAGAGUCAUGGGAAAGCAUGUGGUUGGGACCAGGGACGAUAAUGGCGAAAGACUGGUGGAGUUCUGUGCUAUGAAUAACCUAGUGAUAGGAGGAACCCUCUUCACACAUCGUGAUAUCCACAAGCUGACCUGGAACUCACCAAAUGGAAGGGACAAGAACCAGAUUGACCUCCUGAUGAUCAAUGGCGUGUGGAGACGCUCUCUAAUAGAUGUUAGGAACGGGAAGUCACCAGGGCGUGACAAUCUUGAUGCAGAGCUAUUUAAAGCAGACCCUGGAAUAGCAGCCACCAUCCUCCAACCACUGUUCACAGCUGUGUGGGAUGGAGAGAAAGUACCUGAUGACUGGUGCAAAGGGGUGAUUGUCAAGAUCCCAAAGAAAGGAACCCUGAGCGAUUGCAACAACUGGAGGGGAAUCACUCUAUUGUCCGUGCCAAUUAAUCAUCAAAAGAAUGUCUGA